AGGGGGGGAAUCUUUGAUAUAUCUCCAACUGAAUCAGAGUUUCCCAAAUGAGAAGAGAGCAAGGAUACAACACAGGCCUGGACAUAAAUUUCAAUUCCUCUACCACCAUGAAACUGCUGGUUCUUCUUUGCUGUUUUCUGAGCACAGUAGUUGCUGUCCCAGUCCGUCGGUCAGUUGGACUUUCCAGCGAAGAGCGUCGACCCAUUUUGAUUUCUCAGGGGCCUCCUGUAUUUCCUCCGUUACCAGGAUUUGCACAAUUACCUCAGUUACCAGGAUCUAUGCCAUUUACUCAAGUAGCAGUACCUCAGCAAGCAGCACAGUAUGCUCCCUGGAACAGAUUCCCUGAACUUUACAAUAAUUUCUAUGGAUUCCCUAUAGGGGGUAUGCCACCACCUGUCGGGGGCAUGCCACCUCCUGUCGGGGGAAUGCCACCACCUGUUGGUGGCAUGCCACCUCCUGUUGGGGGAAUGCCACCUCCUGUUGGCGGCAUGCCACCUCCUCUUGGGAAAUAACAUCCUAACUGAAGAACCUUCUGCCAGUGACACCAAGAACGUGAAAGAUGUCUUCUGACCUGGUCUUUCAUCUUUCAACACCCCUGCUUUCAACCCACAUUUUUAUGCCUCCCUCAUAGCAACUGCUUACUCUAAAUAGCUUUAGGCAAUGUUGAAAAGAAGAAUGAAACCACAAAGGCUACAAAAUAUUUAUUCUAAACUUACAGGAUAAAUAUUUUAACUUCUGCCAGGGUUGAAUCAGAUAACAGGGAGAUAGUACUGUCUUGCGUACAUUUGAUUGUCUUACUUAAGGCUGGCCAUUCA